AUGGCAAUUAAUCAAUUUGUAGAGCUGCAAAAAGAAAUGGAGGAAUUUCAGGACAGGCUUCGAUUGGCGUUGGAGGAUCGUAAGUUGAAUCUAAUGAAGAUGGUGGAUGAAUACAGACAGGACAUCGACAGAUUGGAACUACGACAGCAAGAGUCAAAGAGGAGGUUGAUGCACCUCAAAAGCGAGGAGAAGGCAGUGAAAGAUGAAAUUGAGUCAUCUGAACGACAGAAAGACGAGAAUGCAGCCAAGAUGGAAGUAUACCGUCUGCGGAAGCAGAAACUAGAGAGCGAGAAAGUCAAUUUGACUACGGAUUCCAAAGAGUUACAGCAAUUGCUUGCUCAAAAACAAGACGAGAUUCACCACAAACGGCAGCUAUUACAGCGGCAGCAGCUCCGAGAUCUCGCAGAAGUGCAAACAUAUAGUCAAAUAUUAGGGCUCACAAUUGAGGCGCCUAAGCCAGAGGUCCUGCAAUUCGUAUUCCACAGGGUCUCGGAGUCCGAUCCCACUCUAACCUGCGAGAUUUGUUUGGAUUUGUCGCAAGAAUUGUAUCGACUAUCCGGAACCCAGCCAGGGCUGACCAAAGAUGCUCUUCAAGAUUUAGAAUUGCAUCUAAACAACACUGGAGACCUCGCACAGUUCCUCAAAGCAAGCAGAACUGCAUUGAUCGAUGCUCUACCGUCCAGAGCGACCUAA